AUGGUCCAGAAGCAGGGCGUGGGAAACGGAGGCAGAGACAGGAUGGACUCUACCGGCAGAGUAGAGCUGGGUCUGAGGCAGGAGAGCGGAACGGGCAGUAAAGAGAGUGUGAAAUAUGAGAGCGUGAUCCUGGCUGAUAUACAGGAGUACUCUGACUCCUGUGAUAGUCCUGGACUGGGCCUGGACUGGGCCUGGACUGGGCCUGGACUGGGCCUGGACUGGGCCUGGACUGGGCCUGGACUGGGCCUGGACUGGGCCUGGACUGGGCCUGGUCUGGGCCUGGACUGGGCCUGGACUGGGCCUGGACUGGGCCUGGUCUGGGCCUGGACUGGGCCUGGUGUGGAGCUGGUGUGUUCAGACUUACUGAAUCGUCCGGUCAUCUCUCUGUCUGUGUCUGACGGGGCUUCCCAGGCCCGGCCACAGGGGGUCCGGGUGCUGCUGGGGUCAAAGUUCAGGGUCAAAUGCUCUGUGGAGCCACAGUACCCGGGAGGCUCCUUCCAGCUCCUCUCUCCCACUGCCCCCCUCGGUCAGAACCACACCCUGCCCGCUGUCAAUCACUCCGCACACUUCCUGUUCUCUGACACUGGCUCCGCCCACAAAGGAAAUUACACCUGUGUUUACCACCUGCAUGUGUUCAACCACAACUUCUCCUCUCAGAGCCCCAGCCUCCAGCUCUCUCUGGGAGCUCCAGACUCAGACCUGAUCAUCAGAGUCCUGCUCAUUCUACUGUUGAAGCUCCUCUACAUCCUUCCAAUGUUCUACUACUACUGCAAGGUACUGGACCUUUAGACCUGGUUUAGACCUGGUUUA